AUGGAAAUCCAAACAGAACCCCUGGAUCUUUCCACCAAAGCUAACUCAUCCAGGAUCCUCAGCAUCAUCGACAUCAAGUUCCUAGCUGGCCUGAACAGUCACCUAGCCAGGCUUUAUGAGAGAACCAACCUGGUCGGUACCAGUGAGGGCUUCUGCAUACCACAGAGAAACGUUGGCGCGAAGAAUGUGCUGCCUUGCGAUGUCUGCUUAAAGACUUUUGACAGACCCUCACUGCUGAAGAGGCAUAUGCGGACUCAUACUGGCGAAAAACCGCACAUUUGCAACGUCUGCAACAAGGGGUUUAGUACGUCAAGCUCCCUCAACACGCAUCGUCGAAUACAUACAGGUGAAAAACCACACAAAUGUCCCGAAUGUGGAAAAUGUUUUACCGCCAGCUCCAAUCUCUAUUAUCAUCGAAUGACGCACACCAAGAAUAAGCCCCACAAGUGUGCGUGGUGCCCACGCUCGUUCCCAACGCCGGGCGAGCUGCGCGCACACUCGCACACUCAUGCACACACACACGCCGUUCAAGCGCAGAUACAGCGGUAUAAAACUCGGAGGAUGCCUUUUCCUACGUAG